AUGAUAGCAACAAAUGGCUUUAAAGAAUCUGAGCUAGCUAAAUCUAGAUGCUUUACCAGUUAUUCAGUAAGAAAAAAAGAAACUAUGUUUAUUAAUGAAACUCCAAAUUACUAAAGAAAAAAUAUUUAAAACAUUAAUGCUCUCAUUUCCUUGAAAAUUGAUUAAAAUGAUGUUAAUGAAUACCAAAAGCCUAAUUCAAACACAUUAACAAAUUUAAAGGGUAGUUAAAUGAAUCUGUAAAGAAAUAAUUAUCUUCCAUUUUAUAAUAGUUAUUACUCUAGUUAAGCUCUAUAAAGUAAAUAAACAGAGUUAGAUAUGCUCAAAUUAGUAGGGAAAAAUUGCUAAUAUAAGGAUAUAUCGAGUAAAGCGAAUAAUAAUAGUUAUUAAUGCGCUUAAAGUAAUGUUCGUUAUAACUUAAAUGAUCAUAAAAAAAACUUUAAAUCUACGUAAAUACAAGUAAACUUUAAAAAUGAAUAAUAAUAACAACAGUUAGAUUAAAGCAAUAACCAAACAUUUUAUUCAAAAUCUAUCAUGAACUCUAAUGAAACAUAAGCUCAAGAAAACCUUGGAACUAAUCAUAGCAAGCAUUUGAAGAAUCAAAAGCAUCUGUUCUAAAUUCAUAGCCAUCUUUUACUGUCUAAAAACUAGAACACCUAAAUUCUUUAUGACAAUAAAUCAGGAUAUAAAUCAAUAUUCUCGGUUGAUUGGUUGGCUGAAGAAAUAUAACAUAAAUAAAGGGGAUUUAGCUGUUUUAAUGUACUUAUAGUAGAUCUAAAAACAUAAAAAUACAAUAUUUUUAAAAGGGUAACUCCUACUUAAGAAAAUCCUUAUAUUUUAACAUAGGAAAUCAUACAGUAAUCUCCUUUAAGUAAAGCAUAAGUUUGUCUUCUAAUAGUUUAUAUUGAAAAAGAACUUCAAAAGAAUUAAUAUGCUUAAGAAGUUUUAAUAGAAAAAUUGUUGUAUAAAGGCAAUCUAUUGGGUCAUGCUCAAUUACCAUAAGAUAUUGAAAAUUAAAUUCUUAUAUUCUACUUUUUGCUUGCAUUCACACUGGAUGGCAACAUGGAGAAAUUAUAGUAAGUUGAUUUUGCUAUGACAAAAGUAAAGGAUUUUCUUGACUUAAAAAAUUAGGGCUCUGUAAGCUUAUCAGUUAAAAAGAAGAUGAUAUUUAAAGUGAUUAACAAAAAGAAUAUGUUUAUAGAAGAUAGCUUUAGAAAGACAUUUAACGUGGAUUUGAUAAGAAUAGUUGGUGAAAAAGUAUACAAAGGACUUAUUUACUAUGAAUAAGGUGAAGAAGCUUUUUAAAAAGUAGAUUUAAAGAACUAUACUUCGCCAGCUAUAAAUUUUAAUGCACAAACUAGUUAAACUUAACUUGGAAAAUAGCAGAGACAGUUAAAUGAAAUCUAAACAUAUACAAGGUUGUAAAUUAUUUAAUAGAACAAAUAAAGGAGAGAGCUAGUUUCUUCCUAAAAGAUAUACAGGAGACCAGAUCUACUGAGGUAGCAUAGCUAAUAAUGUUUAAGAAAUGCUAAAACAGCUUCCACUCCAAUAAGCAAUAUGAAUAGAACAAAUUCAUAAUUUCAAAUGAAGAGGACUUCAAAUCAAAGCACUGACAAUAUUUACAAAUCAAAAUUUCCUAUGGAUUCUGUAUUAGAUUUUCAAAGGUUAAAGACUCCCUUUCAAUAAAAUUGGACAGAUGACUUUAGCAGUACUGAAACAAAUGGUAUACAUGCUUAAGAUUAAUAGAGAAAAGAGCUAUACUCUUAAAAUUCUUUGAGAAAGAAACAGGGUGCCUUUAAUAUAUUUUAGUAGUUAUCAAAGCAGUAAUAAGUCAGUGCUUAACAAAAUUUAAGAUUUUAAUCAGGAUAGAUAAACGAAACAAGCUAUAAAAAACCUACUUAUAGUUCAAUUAGUGUAAUGCAACAUAAAAAUAAUAGCUCAACUUUUAAUUUACUUUAUCAUGAUAAUAAUGAAGUUAAAUUUUAAGAUAUAGUACCUUUUGUAAGCAUAUUUCAUACUUAAUAAUAGAAUAAUCCUGCAACACCAAAUUAUCACAAGACACCUAAAUAAUCAGAAGAAAAAUACUAAAAAUAGAAAGAAUUAGAAGAUUAAUAAAAUUGA